AUGCCGAAUCCCAUUACAACGACAACAACAACAACAGCCUCUAUAGCCCUCCUCUCCCUCCUCCUCCCCUCCCUCUCCCUCGCAACCUCCAUCUCAUCUCCACAAUGGGGAAGCAAUCAACAAUAUCCACCCUCCACUCCCCCUUAUUGCGCCGACGGAGGCGAAUUGCAUUGUUGCGAAAUCACCUUUAAUGGAGGAAAUUCCGCUGUUGUUGCAGCUUCGGAUUUGGCUUGUUAUGAUUUAACUCCUGCGACGAUUAAUUGUGUUAUUGCUUCCGACCCCUUCACAAACGGCGGUGGUACCUGCAGCGGCAACUACGCCUGCUGCCAAGUCAACGAUCUGGUACCCCUCCUAGGACUUUUCUGCUCAGAUCCUCCGGGAGGCUGUGUGGGCUCUGCAGAGGGCAAUGGGGAAUGUACGGAUAUUUUGUCGAAUGGGGAUGGAUUUCGAUUUGGGCAGUGUGGGAAAAAUGAUGUGAGAAAUAUUCGGGGAUUGUUGGGGUUGAGUGUUGGGGAUGUGGAUAUUAAAAGGAGGGAGGAAGUAGUGGAGAAGAGGGAGGCUUUGCUGGAGGGGAAGAGGAGGGAGUUGGUGGAGAUGGUUAGGAUGGGGGAGUUGUAA